AUGUCUUUCAGAUAUUUCAUGCAUGGUGUUUGCAAGGAAGGGGACAACUGCCGUUAUUCCCAUGACCUCUACACUACCCACUCUGGCAUGGUGUGUAGGUAUUUUCAGCGAGGAUGCUGUGCUUAUGGAGAUCGUUGCAGAUAUGAACAUACUAAGCCAUUGAAAAGAGAAGACACGACUACUGUGAGUCCAGUUGCAAAAACCUAUCCUUCGGCCUCAACGGAUGUGACCCCAUCUCCUGGAACACUUGAAGUGAGCAGCGGUGAGACUGAAGACAAAGAGCUGGCAGCUGCAGGAGCUGGGGCUGAAGAUUGGGUAAAUGCUGUGGAGUUUAUUCCUGGGCAGCCAUAUUUUGGUCGUGCUGCUCCUUCCUGCACUGAAACUCCUCUGCAGGGAAUGGUAAUGAAGAGGAAUACGAAAAACAGCAACCAGCUUAGAGAUGAAGAAAAACUAUGUCCCUAUGCUGCAGUAGGAGAAUGUCGUUACGGAGAAAACUGCGUAUAUAUUCAUGGGGAUAUCUGCGACAUGUGUGGCUUGCAAGUCCUCCAUCCCGCUGAUGCUGCACAGAGAUCAUUACACAUAAAGUCUUGCAUCGAAGCUCAUGAGAAAGACAUGGAGCUCUCUUUUGCGGUUCAGCGUAGUAAAGACAUGGUGUGUGGCAUCUGCAUGGAGGUGGUAUAUGAAAAAGCCAAUCCCAGCGAGCGUCGAUUUGGGAUUCUAUCCAACUGCAAUCAUACUUACUGUCUCAAGUGCAUUCGCAAGUGGAGGAGUGCUAAACAAUUUGAGAGCAAGAUCAUAAAGUCCUGCCAGAAUGUCGGAUCACAUUCUAACUUUGUCAUUCCAAGUGAGUACUGGGUGGAGGAGAAGGAAGAGAAGCAGAAACUCAUUCAGAAUACAAGGAGCAAUGAGCCAUGCAGGUAUUUUGAUGAAGGCCGUGGGAGCUGCCUUGGAGGGAACUGUUUUUACAAACACGCAUAUCCUGAUGGCCGCCGAGAAGAGCCCCAAAGGCAGAAAGUGGGAACUUCAAGUAGAUACAGAGCUCAGCGGAGAAACCGGUUCUGGGAAUUCAUUGAAGAGAGGGAGAGCAGCGAUCUUGAGAAUGAUGAGGAUGAGGUGGUGACCUUUGAGCUGGGUGAAAUGCUUCUCAUGUUGCUGGCGGCAGGAGGCGAUGAUGACCUAACAGACUCCGAGGAUGAAUGGGACUUGUUCCAUGAUGAGCUGGAAGACUAUUAUGACUUGGACCUAUAGCACAUUUUUGUGGUGUUUGGACUGUCUGCUCCAUUUCCCCCCCCUCCCCUCCCAGGCAGUAGCUCUUUUUCCUGUGGUGUUGUGGCAGUGCCUGUGUUUUCUCCUAGGCAGGCCUAUCAAUUCCAGGUGCUGCUGUUAUAAUAACUCCCCACCCCACUCCCAAGAUCUGUCUCCUUUUCCCUCCCCUCCCUCCUGUCCCCUUCUUCCAAGCCCUAGGAGUGUGUUUCUUUUUCUGUUAAACAAAUGACAUAAAAUAAACCUUUAAAGCGUUAGUUUUUUUUUUUUUUUUUUGUAAAAAUGAAUUUAACUGUCAGAAGUUAGAUUAGACUUGUUGCUUUAUAUCUGUAUUCCUGACAGGAUUCACCCAGUUCCAGGGUUCAAAUGUUUACAGGACUUCCAUACUCAUCUUUAAGAGCCCAGAUACAAACCUGAGAACACUGGCUGUACAGCAGGGGGGAUGGGCAGAUGUUGGCCAACUGCCUUGUUCCACAAUAAAGAGACUCUGAAAACCAAUUUUCCUACUUCAGAUUUCAGGCCAGCACAUAUUUUCUUGGCUGGCUUUAGCUCCAUUCCAACCCCCCCUCUCAUGUACAUGUGUUCAUUUGUGGUUUUGGUCUCUUGUUUACUUGCACAUUUACUAUUUACUACUGUGUAACCAGAACCAGGUGCGAAUGUUCCGGUUUUUACUGUUCGGCAUGAAAGGCAAAAUGUGUUUGUGUGUGAAAGGAGAACUUUCUAUGUAUGUAUAUACAAAUAAAAUACAGAGUUGUAUCCCAAGGCUGGGCAACUUGGUAUAUGUGUGUAUUAACCCUUCCCUCUGUUCUUCUCAUUCCCUUCUUUACACAAACCUUUUGGUGCAUGAUAUCUUAACAUUCAACUGGAUUUUGAAAUGAAUGUUGUGGUCUCAGCAAAUUCUGUGGAAAUAGUCUUUAAAACAACUAAUAGAGUAGACACUUCCUUAUUGACACCAGCACUCCAUUCUCUUCCUAGUCAUCCUUCUACUCCUUUUGGGUGUAUCUGAGUCACACAGGUGUAGGAAUAUUGUUAGCCAGAAUUUGGACCAAAUUAUCCACUUAGGGGGGUAACACCAUAUUGGGGUUCUUGUACUCUCUUCAUCUUUGCAAAACUGUAGAACAGUGUGAUAAUUAAUCAGAGUUAAAACCACGAAAUCCCUGUCUCUCUCAUAAGGAUCCUUGCCUUGCAGAACACCUGAGUUCGCUAAGUAGCUGUAUAACAUGCAUGUUGCUACAUUAUCCAUAGAAAAAAAGCAGCCAGGCACCAGUUCUGCUAGGAACUCUUGAGGUCCUCAAAAUCUUUCUCCCUCUUUUCCCCUCCCCUCUUCAAGGAAUUUUAACUUUCAUUACAUUUAAUGCUGCUGGGUUGUCCUUGAAUUGUUCUGCUUAUGUCCUUUUAGAUUGCAUUUCCUUUCACUUUUAAUUGGAAUCAAAAUAUGUUGCUGAAGUCUGUGUACUUUGCAGCUGCCUUUUGUAAGAAGCACUUUUCCCAAAUAAAAA